GGCUUGCCAACGAGCUGCGCCAGCAGGCCGCCUCCGCCAGGGGGGAGUGGUGCGCCCUUGAGCGGCGCUCAUGCGACGCCACUCUGUCACAGCGUCGUCGCCCCCUCGUCGGGCCUAGUGCGCCUGCGCGAGUCCGCGGAGACCUUGGAGGCGCGGCUGCCAGGGACGAGGCGCUCGGACGCGAGGUUACAGCUGAGGCGGCCGGAAAAUGCAGAGCUGGAGCCGGGUCUGCUGCGCGCUCGCCCAGAGAAGCCAUUUUAGUCGAAUCCAUCAUGGCCUACAGGGGAUUUGUGCAGUGUCGCUGAGGAGCUAUACUGAUCUAGCUGAUGCUGACAUCACAGUUAUUGGUUCUGGGCCUGGAGGAUAUGUUGCUGCUAUCAAAGCAGCUCAACUUGGCUUUAAGACUGUUUGUGUGGAGAAAAAUGAAACGUUGGGUGGAACCUGUUUGAAUGUUGGCUGCAUUCCUUCCAAGGCUUUGCUGAACAACUCACAUCUGUAUCAUUUGGCCCAUGGAAAGGAUUUUGCUAGUAGAGGAAUUGAAAUUACAGGAAUCCACUUGAAUUUAGAGAAGAUGAUGGAGCAGAAAAGUGGUGCAGUGAAGUCCUUGACAGGUGGAAUUGCCCAUUUGUUUAAACAGAACAAGGUCAUACAUGUGCCUGGAUUUGGAAAAAUAACUGGCAAAAACCAAGUCACAGUAUCCAAAGAGGAUGGUAGCACUCAGGUUAUCAAUACAAAGAAUAUUCUCAUAGCCACAGGUUCAGAAGUUGCUCCCUUCCCUGGAAUUACGAUUGAUGAAGACACAAUUGUAUCAUCAACUGGUGCACUAUCCCUGAAACAAGUCCCUGAAAAGAUGGUUGUAAUUGGUGCAGGAGUCAUUGGUGUGGAAUUGGGUUCAGUUUGGCAGCGUCUUGGUGCAGAUGUGACAGCUGUUGAGUUCUUGGGCCAUGUUGGUGGAAUGGGUAUUGAUAUGGAGAUCUCUAAAAACUUUCAGCGUAUCCUUCAGAAACAAGGACUCAAAUUUAAACUAAAUACCAAGGUUACUGGUGCCACCAAGAGGCCAGAUGGAAAGAUUGAUGUUUCUAUUGAAGCAGCUGCUGGUGGAAAGACAGAAGUAAUCACCUGUGAUGUAUUACUUGUUUGCAUUGGUCGACGUCCUUUUACUCAGAACCUAGGGCUGGAAGAUAUUGGAAUUGAACUUGAUAACAAGGGUAGAAUCCCAAUCAAUACCAGAUUCCAAACCAAAAUUCCAAACAUCUAUGCUAUUGGUGAUGUAGUUGCUGGGCCAAUGUUGGCUCACAAAGCUGAGGAUGAAGGCAUUAUCUGCGCUGAGGGGAUAGCUGGAGGUGCAGUUCACAUUGACUAUAACUGUGUGCCCUCAGUGAUUUACACACACCCUGAAGUUGCCUGGGUUGGCAAAUCAGAGGAACAGUUGAAAGAGGAGGGGACAGAAUACAAAAUUGGAAAGUUCCCAUUUGCUGCUAACAGCAGAGCUAAGACUAAUGCUGACACAGAUGGCUUGGUGAAGAUACUUAGUCAGAAAACAACAGACAGGAUGCUGGGUGCUCACAUUCUAGGCGCAGGUGCUGGGGAGAUGGUUAAUGAAGCUGCUCUUGCUAUGGAAUAUGGAGCAUCAUGUGAAGAUGUAGCCAGAGUUUGCCAUGCCCAUCCAACUGUGUCGGAAGCCUUCAGGGAAGCAAACCUAGCAGCAUCUUUCGGCAAAGCUAUCAACUUCUAAAAUGCAAGCACAAUCAUUUGUACAUAUAUAGCACAUUUCUUCUGACAAGGGACUGUUGGCUUUUGCAGAAGACUGAGUCUUUGGGUAUUUCUAGAACUGAAUUAAAUGAAUUUCUUUUGUUUAAACAUCAAAUAUUUAAACACAUAGGGUUUGGAACAAGUGGAAUUAUCCAGUUGCUGUAUAUUAAUACACUUAGAAACUUGUUUGUGCAUCAUGGAGUGUUUCAGAAAACAAGCUUAAGAGACAAUAAUUUAAAAAAAACCCAGAACACAUUUCACUGUUGCACAGCAUACCCAGGAACACUGGCCCAAACUCUUGGCUAAUACUGUCCUGCGUAUCUGGUAUGUUCUUAUUUGAAAUACUGAUAUUCCAGUGGAAUGCUGGCACUUAAAAAUGCCAUGGUCACCUCUGCACAAAGAUGUUGUGACAUUCUUUUAUGUGAAAUCUUUCACUGUAUAUUAAUAAUUUUUUUUCUGAAAUGCAGAAGCCAAACCUUUUGGUUACUUUGAUCAAGUAGAGUUGGGAUUUCUUGGAUGAGGCUAUUUACUGUAGGUGAAUUGAAGCUUAUCUUUAUUUGUAGAAAGCUAGGCUGGCAGUGUUUGUACUCUUUAUCUCCAUGCAUCAUGUUUUCAUAUUGAAAACAUGUCCGUAAAAUUCUACUUUAACUUGCAAAAAAAAAAAUCAAGCGUUUAUGGAGAAAUGAAAAUUCAAUGGAGGAAGAUUAACUGAAUGUUAUUGCCGCAUAAUCGUAUCAGUUUUCUCAUUUCUAAGGAAUUUUCAUCAUUCAGAGAUGGUUAAAAUUAUCCUGAAGUGCUUUAAAAACAUAAGUUUGUGGAAGGCUAAGAAACAUUAGAUGUAAGUGCAAUGGCAUCCUGGACAAAGAUGGGGUUAGGCACCUCUCUGCUCUUUCCAAACAUUCUGGCUGCAGUGGUGCCAUGUCAGUUCCCUAGCAGAUUCUAGAGUUUUUUUUUUCCCUCCUUUUCAUUUCUGUUUUGUCUGUUCUCUCCUCUGCUGCUUAGUAUCUGUUUUCCUGCAGCAAGAAUGUUUCAUACUUGAAACUUCAAGUUUCGUACUUCAUGCUUUCAUGCGUAAAUGCUUCUACUUUGGCUGUUUGUAGGUGACUUUAUAGAGAGCUUGACAUAGAAGGGUUAGUUUCCUUUAUUAAGCUCUUGAGUUCCUCUUUGCAGUUAACUCCAUGGACUCCUUAUCGUGGUUCCCUCAGCUCGUCUGCACUGAGGAUUUUCUGAAAAUCUCCAACCAUUGCUCAAGCACAGGCUCUGCUUGACUGGCUGCUGGUGUUUUUACCACCAGGUCAUCAGAAUUGGUCUGGAGCUGCACAAUGUUGGAGAAAUGGUGGGAGAAUUUCUGGAAACCCAUGUAAUGCCACGUGCCUGUCUACGCCUGAAACCAGCCAAGCUCUUAUGUGCAGGGGAUAGAUAAUUGCUGGGUAUGAAUGAAUGAAAUGCUCAAAUGGAUAAGACAGUUAACACAGUGAUUUUGUGUGAGGGGAAACUCCCCAAGUGUAGCAACUUGUUUGUUUUCCUUGUGGGCUUCAUUCCUUCAUUUACUGGGCUCUUUGUUUUGUCCUGAUCCCCAAAGCAUAAAUUUGAUAGGUCUUUGUGUCAGAUGCAGUCAUUGUUUCUAAACCCUAAUGGGAGGGAACAUGCUCAGUUGCUGCUUUAAAAAAAAAAAAAAAGUUGCCAUAGAGCUGCUCAACUUUGUGUUUGCACGAUGAGAUUUUUGGUAGCUGUGUCCUCCAGCUGUUUUUUAUAGCUGUUGAUCUCGGUAUUGAUCUGUUCUGUAUGUUGAAUAAUGGAAAUAUGAUCAGCAUUUGGCUACUCAAUAUUUUUAGGAAACUAAAUAGGAAAACUCUGAAAUUAAUAUGCUUUUCUGUCUCUUCUGACCUGUCUUCAGUAUGUGCAGAGGUGGAUUGAGGCCAGGACCCUGCUGAGCCUGUCUCAGUGUUCUGAGCUGGCUGAAUGCACCCAUGAGUUGAUGAGAAAGCCAGAAUAUACGUGGGUUUACAUGGAGGUGAUAGCAAGGAGUCCCUGAGGGAAGCAAAGAUGAAGUGUGUUUUGUGAAACUGGGGGGAGGAAGAUCUGGGACACCUGGAAUGGGGGCGGGAGGUGAGGGAGAAGCCUUACAUUUUAGUGGAUCCAGGACACAUUUACUUCUAAUCCACCUCUGCCUUUUGGAUAAAUGCUUUGGGGUUGUCCCCUGGCAUAUUGCAAGCUUUCUAUAUGUCCCUUCUACAGAAUGCCUGCUCUCUACUUACUUGAGCUGGCCAAAACAAUGGGGAACUUUUUCACAAAAAUCUUGUGAAAAACUCGUGUUUGUUUUUUAAGGGCUCUGUGCCUGUUUGAACACCAGGGUGAAUUUUUCCAGAAAUUUCACCUUGUUUUUGUCAAAACAGAAAACUUAAGAAAUUGACUAGCUCUACUACUUACUAAUGUGUUCGGAGGUCUGGUUCUUCCAAACCUCUCUAAAUAAAUAAAAUUCAAGCCCUCA